AUGUGGGUGUGCAGGAAUGGUUGUGACUGGUUGGCCUCGAAUAUACCAUCGGUCGCUGAGGCCAAGCUUCCUCACGCUGAGGACAACUUUUCUCACGCUGACGACAAGGUUCCGCACGCUGAGGACAAGUUUCUUCACGCUGAGGACAAAGUUCCUCACGCUGAGGACAAUGUUCCUCAGGCUGAGGACAAGGUUUCUCACGUUGAUGACAAGGUUCCUCACGCCGAGGUCAAGCUCCCUCACGUUGAGAACAAGGUUCCUCACGCUGAGGACAAGGCUCCUCACGCUGAGGACAAGGUCCCUAAUGCUGAGGAUAAGGUUACUCAGGCUGAGGACAAGGUUGCUAACGCUGACGACAAGGUUCAUCACGCUGAGGACAAGGUCCCUAAUGCUGAGGACAAGGUUUCUCACGCUGAGGACAAGGUAGCUCAUGCUGACGACAAGGUUCAUCACGCUGAGGACAAGGUCCCUAAUGCUCACGACAAGGUUCCUCACGCUGAGGACAAGGUCCCUAAUGCUGAGGACAAGGUUUCUCACGCUGAGGACAAGGUAGCUCACGCUGACGACAAGGUUCAUCACGCUGAGGACAAGUUCCUCCCGCGGAGGACAAGUUUUUUCACCCUGACGACAAGGUUCCUCACGCUGAGGACAAUUUUCCUCAUGCUGAGGACAAAGUUCCACCCGCUGAGGACCAUGUUCCUCACGCUGAGGACAAGGCACCUCACGCUGAGGACAAGGUUCCUCACGCUGACGACAAGAUUCCUCACGCUGAGGACAAGGUUCCUCACGCUUAGGAUAAGGUUCCUAACGCUGAGGACAAGGUUCCUAACAUGGUUCCUAACGCUGACGAUAACGUUCCUCAUGCUGAGGACAAGGUUUCUCAAGGUGAGGACAAGGUCCCUCUCGUUCUUCGCGCUGAGGACAAGGUCGCUAAUGCCGAGAACAAGGUUCGUCACGCUCAGGACAAGGUUCCUCACGCUGAGGACAAUGUUCCUCAUGCUGAGGACAAGGAUCCUCCCUCUCGCAGAGGACAAGGUUCCUCACGCUGAGGACAAGUUUUCUCACGCUGACGACAAGGUUCCUCACGCUAAGGACAAGUUUCCUCACGCUGAGGACAAUGUUCCUCACGCUGAGGACAAGGUUUCUCACGUUGAUGACAAGGUUUCUCACGCUGAGGACAAGGUUCCUCACGCCGAGGACAAGGUAACUCACGCUGAGGACAAGGUUCCUCACGCUGAUGACAAGGUUCCUCACGCUGAGGACAAGGUCCCUAAUGCUGAGGACAAGGCUCCUCACGCUGAGGACAAGGUUGCUCACGCUGACGACAAGGUUCCUCACGCUGAGAACAACGCCGCUCACCCUGACGACAAGAUUCCUCACGCUUAGGACAAGGUUCCUAACAAGGUUCCUAACGCUGAGGACAAGGUUCCUCACGCAGAGGACAAGGUUCCUCAAGCUAAGGACAAGGUUCCUCUCGCUCUUCGCUCUGAGGACAAUGUUCCUCAUUCAGAGGACAUGGUUCCUCACGCUGAGAAAAAGAAUCCUCACAAAGUGCACAAGGUUCGUCACGCAGAGGACAAGGUUCCUCACGCUGAGGAAAAGGUUCCUCACGUUGAGCACAAGGUUCCUCACGCUGAGGACAAGGUUCCUCACGCUGAGGACAAGGUUCCUCACGCAGAGGACAAGGUUCCUCACGGUGAGGACAAGGUUCCUCACGCUGAGGACAAGGUUCCUUACCCUGAGGACAAGGUUCCUCACGCUGAGGACAAUGUUCCUCACGCUGAGGACAAAGUUCCUCACGUUGAGGACAAGGUUCCUCCCUCUCGCUGAGGACAAGGUUCUUCACGCUGAAGACAAGGUUCCUCCCUCUCGCUGAGGACAAGGUUCCUCACGCUGAGGACAACUUUUCUCACGCUGACGACAAGGUUUCUCACGCUAAGGACAAAGUUCCUCACGCUGAGGACAAUGUUGCUCACGCUGAGGACAAGGUUUCUCACGUUGAUGACAAGUUUUCCUCACGCUGAGGACAAGGUUUCUCACGCUCAGAACAAGGUUCCUCACGCCGAGGACAAGGUUCCUCACGCUGAGGACAAGUUUCCCCACGCUGAGGACAAGGUUCCUCAGACUGAGGACAAGGUCCUAAAAACUGAAGAAAAGGCUCAUCACGCUGAGGACAAGGUUUCUCACGCAGAUGACAAGGUUUCUGACGCCGAGGACAAGGUUCCUCACGCUGAUGAAAAGUGUCCUCACGCCGAGGACAAGGUUCCUCUCGCUAUGGACAAGGUUCCUCACCCUGAGAACAAGGUACCUCACACUGAGGACAAGGUUCUUCACGCUGAGGACAACCUUCCUCACGUUGAGGACAAG